AUGGCUUCAUCGUAUCCGAACGUUGAAAAACCUAACCAUCUACAUUAUCUACGAGAAUUUCGCGUUGAAGCAUGCGCACAAUUCAAGCAACACCAGUGCCAACAGCAUCGACCCUAUACGUGCUUCAACUGGCAUUUUGCAAACCAACGUCGUCGACGACCUUUGCGACGAUCUGACGGAACAUUCAACUACUCGGCAGAUAUCUAUUGUGAAAAAUACGACGAAAAUACGGGAAUAUGUCCAGAUGGUGAUAGUUGUGCAUUCUUGCACCGAGUUGCGGGUGAUGUCGAACGUAAAUAUCAUCUGCGUUAUUAUAAGACGGCGUUGUGCGUGCAUUCAACAGAUGCUCGUGGAAUCUGCACAAAGAAUGGUGCACAUUGUGCAUUUGCACAUAGCGCACAAGAUUUGAGACAGCCGUUGUACGAUGCGCAAGAGGUGCAGAACGGGUCAUUGCUGGAUCCGGAGAAUCGUGAUCGAACCAGUUUCGUGGUUGAGGAUCCUCAGUGGCAUGAUCAAGUUCAUGUGCUGUCGUGCUACAAAACUGAGCAGUGUCGCAAGCCGGCGCGUCUCUGCCGACAGGGCUAUGCGUGUCCAUUCUAUCAUAACUCGAAAGAUCGUAGGCGUCCUCCAGCACUCUAUAAAUAUAGGUCUACACCAUGUCCAGCUGCAAAAUCGGUUGAUGAAUGGUUGGAACCGGAGCAGUGUGAGCAAGGUGAUGAGUGCGGGUACUGUCAUACUAGAACCGAGCAACAGUUCCAUCCGGAAAUCUAUAAGUCGACGAAAUGUAACGAUAUGCUAGAACAUGGUUAUUGUCCUCGGGCUGUAUUCUGUGCGUUCGCACAUCAUGAUUCAGAGUUGCACGUUCAAAGGAUACCAUAUCAUCGAGCUAGCAGUGAUACAGUCGCCACCACCAAAUCAACCCCAAUACCACUUAGGAAAUCGAGUACAGCUGAUUCAAACACAUCGCUUGGCUCUCGUGGAGAAGCACUUCAAUCACCAGUUGUAUCGUCGAUAGGAACAACUCCAACGUAUUCGGCAGUUUUGAAGAAUCGUCAAGCAAUCUCCAAAAGUACGCCAUCAUCGAACAGUGUUGACGAAAGCGUUCUUCCAUCAAGCACCACUAGCACCUAUUCAAAAGCACCCGGUUAUGAACGGAUACAAAUUUCACCUCAACGUGUUCCUGAGUCGGCAAUUGGUCGUAUUCGUACGUCUUCAUUGAAUAUGGGACAACUGGAUUUGGGUUUGUUUUUGGGUUCAUUUGUUGAGUUUGGUUCAUAUUUUGGUUUUUCGUUGAGUGGUGAAAGUCUCGUUUCAUCGUUACCAACGUAUUCGGCGUUGAGCACAAUGACAAGUCGAAAUGCGGCAGCAGUGGCUGCUGCUUCAACGGUGUCAGAUACAAGCGCAACGCAGAUUUCUUCCUCAAUACGUGCUGCCCUACCAUCGGCUAUCGACGAGCUGUCGUUGGACGAACUUUCAUCAUCGGCUGCGUUGUCGCCAAUCACCGAACACAAAGAGCAUAAACUACUCUCUGAUCUGUUCUCAAAUACAAUUCUAGCAAUAUCAUCGUCAUCCUCUCCGAUGCAAAUUCCCGAGUGUGGCUCACCGUUUGGUUCAUCGCCAUUAACCAGCUUAGGUGAAUCGAGCAGUUUGGCGCAUCAUCAUCAGCAUCGCAAAAGUGUCACCGAAUCACCGCAACCGAUGCUUCCACUCAAAUCAAUGCCAACAACAUUUGCCACCUUAAUACCAACUGAAACGUUAACAACAAGCGCAUCGUUAACAUCAAAUGAUGUUAUUCUGCAACAAAUCCCAACAGCAGCAGCAGCCGAUUUGAUGUCAAGAGAGGAGUUACAACGUGAAUUAUUGAAAAAAAGUGAUGAAUUGUUAGCACAUCAUCAGAAGUUGGCUGCAUGGGAAGAUGGAUUAAAGCAAGCGCGGCAAGCGUGUGAAGCGUGGAAGAAAGAUGCUGAAUACCAUCGACGAUUGGCCGAACAAGCUGAAGCUGAAAAAGCGAAAGCUUUCUUUGAAAGAGACCAGGCUCUUAUGCAGUUGGAAUUAUUUAAACGUGAGCUCCGCAUAUCAGCAACCACUACAGCGAAUGGUCAUGGUCGUGCAAAUUCUCCGUUCGAUUUAGCACAUUUCGCGUCGAGUGGUGCUGGCAGCGGUGCGGGCUCAUUUGCAGCGCUUCUACAGACAGAUGGAGGAGAGCAACAAAACGGUAGCGGUGGUGGACCGGUAUGUGCCAGAUGUGGUCGGGAGAAACGUGCUGAUUCUCGGAACACUUCGUGUCGACUUUGUUGCAGUUGA